GCUUUUGACAUGACACGCAUAGACAAUUGUUGUAGUUUACACGUUCCCGCAGAAUUUAACUUGUGCCUCCCGUCUUCCUUCCAGCUUCCAACUCGUCAUCUUCCUCACGAAAUCCAAAAAGCCCCAACUCGUAACUCGUAAGCCUUCGCCGGAAUCCUACCGAACACCCACGCCAUCGAUCCAUCCCCAAGACGCUGAUCCUCCGCGGUAUGGAGGGGGCCGAUCACCUGUACCCUUCGAUCGAGCCGUACGACCUCGAGCCCCCGCAGGUCGGCAUCGCCGCCGCCGGCGAGACUAGGGUUUGCGACCAGACGGUGAGGUGGGACGAGGAGCCGAAGGAGGGAACCCACCUAUUUGAGCAAGGAACAAAAGAUAAUCCUGACACAAAUAAUGUGGAAGAUUGCCUUGGUGGUGUCGAUAUUUAUGAGUGCAAUGAUGAAACAAUUACCAUGAAGGAAUAUGGAGAAGACAUCUCUCCUGAUUGCACACUUCGUGAACAAAUUGGCAUCUGGAUACCUCCUUCUGUUCCACCGAUGAUAAAACAUGACCAUGAGGAGUGGCAAAAGGGCUUUGGCUCAAACGGUGGUUACUUCCCAGAAGAAGAAUAUCAAUGGGAUAUAGAUGAAGAAAUUAGAGAGAUGACAAUGUGGGAUGUGUUUGCCGAGAUGGCUGUCGCUGGCAAGGAUAAAUUAAUAUCUAUUGCAUCAUAUGAUUUUGGGAGGCAUAGCAUGUCCCUAAUUUCACAUUUUCUUCUUCAAGCGGCUUUGGAGGAUGAAGCUCGAACACUUGCAGAGGCCAGUGCUGGCUCUGAACAUGCUCUCCUUGAGGCAGAACCGACAAAGUGGUUGCCUGAUAGUGCUGCUUCCUCUUGCAUGCUUUGUGGAGCACGUUUUCAUCCCAUAAUCUGCACACGCCAUCACUGUCGAUUUUGUGGUGGGAUAUUUUGUGGUGGCUGUUCAAAGGGUAGAAGCUUGAUGCCUCCAAAAUUCGGAACUUCAGAUCCUCAGAGGGUCUGUGAUGUUUGUGGAGUACGUCUUGAGUGUAUUCAGCCUCGUUUGAUGAACAAGAUCAGCCGUGCUUGUCAACUUCCGACCAAGGAUUUGACAGAUCUCAGCACUUUGAGGUCGUGGAUAAACAUCCCGUGGGCACACACAAUGGAGUAUGAGAUAUACAAGGCUGCAAAUUCCAUACAUGGGUAUUGUAAGAUUGGAAAGCUGAAUCCAGAGAAGUCGAUCCCUGAUUCGAUUCUUAGACAAGCAAAAGGGCUUGCUAUAAUUACUGUGGUGAAGGUUGGAGUGAUGAUCACAUACAAAAUUGGCACUGGGCUUGUUAUUGCUCGCAGAGCUGAUGGUUCCUGGUCCCCUCCUUCAGCCAUAUCUACUUGUGGUAUUGGAUAUGGAGCUCAGGCUGGAGGGGAGUUAGCUGACUUCAUUAUUGUUCUGAGGAACACUGAUGCCAUCAAAACAUUCAGUGGAAAUGCACAUCUGUCAGUUGGAGCUGGUAUUGGUGCUUCUGCUGCUCAUCUUGGACGGGUGGCGGAGGCUGAUUUUCGUGCUGGUGAUGGUGGUUAUGCUGCCUGUUACACAUACAGUUGUAGUAAAGGUGCCUUUGUCGGAUGUGCGCUCAAUGGAAGCCUGGUAUCAACUCGAAACUCAGAAAAUGCCCGAUUUUAUGGUGGUCCAAUUAAGGCAUCAGAAAUCCUUCUUGGUUCACUGGCAAAGCCACCUGCCGCCGCCACUCUCUAUAAAGCUCUGUCCAUACUAUUUGAGAAAAUAAAAAUUUAAUCAUUGUCUUUAUGUUUCUGGCACACAUUGUGUCACCUGUUCAGUACACUUCGGGCUUCGGUACCUCUAGGUAAUUUGCUCUGCAUUCUUUGCUUAUUCCUGGAUGGCAGUUAAGCAAUUGUACAGUUUGCCAUUCAUUGGUACAUCACAAACUACUUUGUAAAUGUUGUAUAUAUAAUUGCCAUUGCACGAGAAAUGAGCAGAAAAAACAUGUUCUUAAAGUUUACCUUUGAACCUUGUCUGGCAUCAUAUAUCAUUGUAACGUGAGUCAAAACUCUGCCCUAUUUUCACCUAGAACUUCUGCAAA